CUGCCUUUUGUACUAAAGCAACCAAUGUAAGGGUGUUAACACGAUACAUCAUUUUGCUCCAUUUCAUCUCGUUGGUUAAUUUGAUGCGUCAAAAUCUUCUCCAUCUCUGCUUAGACUUUAAAUUACUAUUGUUUAGCAAAACAAUCACAACCUCAAAAUCAGAUUCUGAGCGAUUUACCCCACGCCCUCCUCGAACUGAGAAAAAAAAUCCUGUCUCCAUGGCAAGCUAGUGCGCUAACGUUAAAGAUAGUAUGCUAGCUAACCUUACAAUAUUGCUUAGCGUAGCAUCCACUCCUUCACAAGUGUUAGAUAAAAUAAGAUGUUGCCACUCCAUUUUUUUAAUUUAUACCUUGACGAUAUCAACGAGACAUAUCGCUUAUAACGACAUAGUAUAUGACGUAUGAACGAGCUAGUUGUUAAAAGUUGCAGCUUUUAGACUAACAUUUUACUCGUUCUAACUUCGUAUUGGAUAGUGUUGAUAACAGUAACGUUUGCUAUCAUUAGCACAGGCAAGCCGUUUUGUGUGCCAAAGUGACUGUUCUACAUUCUUUCGUUUUCUUGUUAUCCAUGAAUGUUGACAUCCUCAUUGGCAGUGUUUGUCUGACAGUCGUAAGCUAUUACAAGUGAACCGAGUUGACUUUAUAAGGGUAGAAGCAAAUGACCUUUCAUUCACAAUAGGAUAACGAGUUACUAGCUGUGGUUGCGCUUGCAACAGAGUGUUCCAGAUCCAGCCUCAUAGCUGUCAAAUCCGUGUGCAAGCGGACAUUGCUACUGACCACGUGCAUGGUUACAUAAAAUAAACAACAUAACGCAGUUGCCCCUGUGAUUUCAUUAUACUUUGUUCGAAUAAGGUGUAUUUUUUGUCGGAAGUGGGUCUGUGGGGGGUGGGGGGAUCCGUGUUGAUGGACGUUACUGCAUGAUGUCAGCGCUUAACGUUAUAGCGGGGAAGCAUUAUAGCGUUUUCAUUCCGCCAGUUAUGUUUACGUGCAACUUCGGGAUAACAUUAUCCCAUUAGGCUUAUAAACCUCGACGGGCAUCCACAUAAAGUCAUGGUUAUUACAUUUCUGGAUAUGACAUCACAACAAGAUAUCCAUGAGCUCCGACUAUCAGCACUACAGUUUCAGAAUGCCGAAUAUAGGGUUCCAGAACCUUCCCCUCAACAUCUACAUUGUGGUCUUUGGCACGGCCAUAUUUGUCUUCAUCCUCAGUCUCCUGUUCUGCUGCUACCUGAUUCGGUUACGGCAUCAGGCGCACAAGGAGCUCUAUGCUUACAAACAGGUUAUACAGAAGGAAAAGGUCAAAGAACUAAAUUUGCAUGAGAUCUGUGCAGUGUGCUUGGAGGAGUUCAAACAGAAAGAUGAGCUGGGGAUCUGUCCUUGUAAACACGCCUUUCACAGGAAGUGCCUGAUUAAGUGGCUGGAGGUGAGGAAGGUGUGCCCGCUGUGCAACAUGCCUGUGUUACAGCUGGCCCAGCAGCAGGGCAGCCCAGAGCCACAGGGCCCCACACAGCAGCCUCUACCUGGGGUGGAGAACCUGGUGUAGCGUCCCCUCCACCACCACCACCACCUCCCCUCCCUGCUCCUGCUCCUGCUCCUCCUCCUCCCGCCGACCCUUCCCCAGCUCCCAGAGGCACGUCCUCACCUGACCUCACCUGACCCCAGCGCCCUCACUCACUGACCUGUACAGGUACACGUGCACACAGCCCGGGACAGACGGAGGAGAACUCCUGUUUCUAUGCAGCGCCAUCCCACCUGCUGAAAUCUGACCACCUGACUCUUUGCUCUGCCCUUGUGGGUUCACACAGUCACACACACACACACACACACACACACAGACACAGACACACACACACACACACACACACACACACACACACACACACACACACACACACACACAACAAAAGAAGAAGAAGAAAAAGAAAAAGAGGAAUUGACUAUAUGAAUACUUUAUGAAUAUUCAUGAUUCUGUGUAAUUGUGUAAUUUCCGUUUCCUUUUAUUCCCUUUCUCCCUGCGGCCAAGUGGUGGUCAUCCUGACUCUUUUCAACCAAAGCACUUUUCUGGGGACACCAGCACAAGAGGACAAACUGCAGACUUACAAAACUACACAUUAAAAAUGGAAACCAGCUGCAUUUUUAAUGAACCUUUUUUCUUUUUUUUUUUUUUUAACAAGCACUUUA